CCGAUCCUGUCACCUCUACCUAAGUUUUUAUUAAGUACCGAACCAUUUCGCUAUAGAAGAAAAAUUUUUUCAAAAUUGUUUAGGGUAAUAUUUUAAAUUAAAGACACGAAUUAGAAUGGCCGAAGUCUUGGAAGAGUUCAUCACCCUGACGCCCUUGACUUGUGUGCAACAGUGCAAUGCUUUGCUAGGCGCCACAUCAGGAAAACCGAGAAGCUGCUUUUUAUUUUUCACUCUUUUUGGAGUCUACUGCGGCGUCCUCGUCUUUCGUGCAUAUCGAACAUAUUCUUCGAAACAAGGAGGCGAUGGUGAGAAGAUACCAGAGGGAGUUACACUUUCGGCAAAAGUGGAUGACCUAAACGUAGAACCAGGUCCGAGCCCAGUGAAAGAAUUUGUGGAUCAUGCGAAGCCGAUCCUGUUGCAGCCUAUCGAGUUCUCCAGCACGGACAUGAGAUGGCGCUACUGCAACCACUUGCCUCAAGCAGAUCUUAAACAAGGGCCGAAUAGUGAUGAAGAAGUACCCGAGAAAAAUGGCCAAGAUGAAUUCGAUCAAAUAAGUGAUGUGGGGGAUAACGAUGAACUCGAGGCGUCCGAUGUAGCAGUGGCCACAUCCACAUCGAGGGCAAUGUCGCGCACGCACGAGGACAUUGUCGAUGGGGAACAUGCCGAGGCUAAAACCUUUUCGGUGUGAUGGCCUAAUGCUCAUUGGCUAACUAAUUUAUCAUUCGAUCAAGAACGAAAUAAAUCAUCCUAACACCCUCUUUA